AUGACCAACAGCUUGCCUGUUUGUCCUGCCCUGUUUUGUUGCAGCUUGGCAGAACACAAUCAGCACUUAGAGGCGAUCGCCUGGCUGGAGCUCUUUGACCAACACCGGCGAUUCAGCUUGCGAAAGUGGUCGAAGGCAGUUCCCAGGGGCCCCUGUGAACUGGACCCGGACAUUUCAGCUCCGCCACCCGUCACCUCCGCCAAGAGCCCGGUAGCUGUCUGCGUGGAGGCUGCGCCAAGGAAUUACAAGCUGCUGAGGGAGAAACAGAAGAAAUUCAAGUACGACGGAGACGCCCUCAGGGUCGUCCAUGCGGCCGCAUCGGACUCCGCGAAGCCUGGGGACACCAUCUCCUUCCCCGACGCGCCACCCGGCGAGGAGAGGGCAGGUCUGAGCCACAACGAGCACUGGAAGCUCGUCAAAGUGCCCUUAGAGACGGUGGACACGCUUGUCCAGAGGCUGCGGCUCCCGCGCGUGGACGCGAUGCUGGUGGAUACCGAGGGCGCCGACCCUGCCAUCCUGGCGGGUUCAAAGCAAACCUUGCGGAUGGUCCGGUACCUCCUGUUCGAGGUCCACCGGGACAUAAAGGGCUCUCACUGGUCCAGGCAGACACUCCUCUCCGUGGUGGAGAUGCUGGACACGCUUGGCUUCGAUUGCUACUGGGCCGGCAAAAGCGGGUCUGUGGCCAGCGUGACGCAAUGCUACGAGGCAAGGUUCGAGACCAUCAAAUGGAGCAAUGUCGCAUGCGUGAAGCGCGGCGAUGUGUGGUGGAAGGUCUUGGAGCAGCGUGAUCCGAGCCACGUGGUUGCUUGCACCGCGCAGCUCUACGAGCACUUGUGCAACUUCUUGUACAGGCACCAGUUCCUCUACGCAUGGCAUCUCAUUCGGAGCGAGGCGGCCGAAGCCGAAAACGCGCCCGGGGAAGGGCCGUUCCGAGAGCUCCUCCGCAACGUGCUCACAGAGCUCGCCAACUCCAAGCGCAACGUCUGGCAGAGCCUCCAGCAGCAGGUGUCGUUGGUCCUGAUGACCUUGGACUUCCAGUACCCCGCGCUGACGGAAGAGAGCUUCAUGCACAUCCUCCAUCUCACGCCACCUCGUGCACGCUUGUAA